AUGGCGCCGGAUAAACCAGAUAAAGUUAAAAAGCGGAAAAGAAAUACCGAUGACUUGUCCAAACCAAGCAAGAGAGUCGCAAUUGAAGGUGACAAGAAAGUCAAGAUUUCCCUCCGAGAACCCGAGAAUUGGACGCCUGUCGUAGUCUCUUCGAGCGGCCUCGCGCUCCCCACCUCAAUCCCCCUAAAAGCGUGGACCAAAGCUCGUGAUACGAAGGGGAAAUUGUCUCCAGGACAGACACCCAUUUCCACCACGGAACUCCUCCUACAGUCUUCGGCGCAUCCAAAGCUCGAUUAUGUAGCACGGGAAGAAGAAGUGGAUGCAGUGGAUCCGCUGAAGAAACAUUAUGUCGGAAUUUAUGAUCCUAAGACGGGCAAUCUGGAAGUGAUGGAAUCGCGGAAGAUGGUGGUGCGAGGCACCGUAAGGGCACAUUCAGCAGCUGCUGAUGCUGCGGAAUCAUUGGCGAUGCUGAGAGAUGCUCGAAAUACCCUCGGCCAAACAUUCGGCACCAAAAAAUCCAGGAAAGCCAUUGCUUCAUUUACAGAAAACGCCAUCACUCCCGAAAUUGCAGCGCGAAUGGCAGGCAAGGCUAAGCCUGUAAAGAUUGACUCCGUAACCAGGACCAUGAUUGAGAGUAUUGCGGAAUCCACCGCUGGCAUGUCUACUCGCGAUCAGUUAGCGGAGGCAUCAGAUGCAGCAAAGCCCCGUCCAAAGCGCAACCCAGGUGCUACGGAAAUUCAAGACGUCUACACGAUCGACACUCUUGUUGGCGAAGGAAUUAUGAAGCUCGUCCCUGUCCGGCAAUGGAUGGAGGCGUUGAAAGCAAAUGAAAAUGUUGUCACUACCUCCAAGUUUGUGGCCAGCCGACUCGUAAGAGUAAGCUCUAAUGUGGAGAAACUGAAGAUCCUUCGGUACAUGUAUCUUCUGAUAGAAAUAUAUGACAAAUCGAAGGCAGCACGCGGCGCUAAGAGCCUCCCAAAACGAGAAGACAUGAAGGUUAUUGCUGGGGAUAUGCCGGAAGCUGUUCUGGAGGAUUUCAAACGGAAGUUUGCUGAAGGGCCUUGGAUACGCAAGUUCAAGGCGGAUCUUCUGAUCACACACUUGUGUGCUCUGGCUUGUCUAGUGGAUAACUUCGUGGUGGACAUCUACGAUCUGCAGGUGGAUCUAAAAUUAGACUCGAAGGACAUGGCACAGUAUUUUCGGGAGAUUGGGGCGAAGAUUGGGGCUUUGGGUGAGAUGGAGAGGAAGAAACAGAAACUCGAGAAAGCUGCUGCUGCACAACACAAGGUUGCUAAAUUGCAGCUGCCUCUUGUCUUUCCGCAGAUGGCGUUUAUGAGAGCCGGGAAAAGGUAG